GCGGGGGAGCCCGCGAGUGCUGGGCCUGAUGGUGUGGGAGCCACGGUGGGGGCGCGGCUGAGGCUGGGGCUGGCGCCUCUGGGAUGUGCUGCCCUGCGGGUCCGUUCGGGGAGUCAGGGGUGUUCCGAGAGACGGCCGAGUGGGGCUGGGCAGUGGCUGCAGGAGGCCCUGGGCGGGGGGGCAGAGUCUGCUCAGUGCCAGCACCUGCCACUGUAGGCUCCCUGCUCCACGCUGUAACCUGCUGUCCCCUUCCACCACGGGCCCCGCAGGUACUGACUGCUGCCCCGGUUGGAGGGUAGUCCUGGCCCCAGCCCCACAUCUAUGUCCCUGCAGGCCCUGAGGAUGUCGGACGGGAUCCUGAGUAAGGCAGCCACCAUGGAGAUCCCCAUCAGCAGCAACGGGGACACCAGCAGCCUGCCCGAGGAUGAUGGCCUGGAGCAGGACCUGCAGCAGGUGAUGGUGUCGGGACCCAACCUGAAUGAGACCAGCAUUGUGUCAGGCGGCUAUGGGGGAACAGCUGAGGGCAUCAUCCCCACCGGCACCAUCAAAGGUAGUGGGGGCUGGACUGGGAGGGAAUGGCGAUCAUCAUGGGAAGAAGGGGGUCAGCUCCCCUCAUUGCCCCUGACUUAUGACACAAAGCUCUGCCAUGGCCCAGCCAAGGUGUCUUCUGGGUGGGCUCUGUUCCUGCUGGGCUCGGGUUCUGUGCAGGGGCAACGUGUGGGGGUGUGUAGUGGUGGCAGAAGAUAAUGAUGGCAGAGGAGGGGCUGCUGCCCUGCUCUGCUCUCCCUGGACUGGGUUGCUCCCCUAUUACAGGAUGGGGUCUGCUGUGGAAUUGCUAUCCCCUUGGUCAGGACAUCCCCAUGGAUGUCUGAGUCCCAGCUGUGGUGGGGGAUCCCAGGUCUGUCCCAGUCCAUCUGCAGCAGGAGCUCUGGAGUGUGCUGUGGAUGAGGGGGCAGGCAGGGGGCCCCAAGCCCACACCCUACUGGCCUUUUCUUGCUGUCCCAGUCAGACCAGGCCACAGCAGGGCUGGUUGGGCUCUGCAGCGUGGGAGACCUGGCACCGCUGUUCUUGUUCCGUGCAGAUCUCUCCCUGAGAGUCCCUCCAGGGCUUGAGGAGGGUCUGUGUGGACAGAGAGGGUGAGCGCGUGUGCUUCCCCGGAGCACCGCUACUCUGGCCCGGUGUCCCCGUGUCUCUGUGUUCCUGUGUCCCCAUGACAUCCGGCCUGCCCAGGGAUUGCUGCAUAGAGGCCAGAGGUGGGGGGGUUCCCUGGGGUGGGGGAGUCCAUCUGUAUGGCUGUGGCCAUGUCUCUGGGUUCCAACGCUCACCUGCUGCCGUCGCUCUCCCGCUGCCGCCCGCCCACGCACUCGUCCCUGUCCCCUGCCCCCCGUCCCCUCUGCCUUGGCUACCCCACUGUCCCAUGCCCUGUGCCCC